CCUGUGGGCAGAUGUUCACAUGACUAACUGUAAAACUCAAGGGGGAGAGCAAAAAGUCAUCUGAGGAAGAUCAAGGACAAUUUAUUCAAAAAACAUCUUAAAAAUCUUUUUUCUUCUUUUAAUUGUUUCUGAUCCAGCUUUGACCAACAAUGGGGAGAGUAAAUCUGGUGUUUUGGUGGCUGCUGGUUAUGUUGGACACGGUUUCAGCUCAAACAGAGACGACACAGAGAGGGCUGCCCAACUGGCUGACAGGGAUUGUGGCUGUUGCAGUUUUCCUCUUCCUGGUCUUUGUGGUUUUUCUUGUAAACAAAGCCUGGUGCAGCCAGAGCAGACGUGAAAAUAAGCAGGAUGCUGAAAUGUCAAAAGAGUAUGAGAUGACUAAUGGAUCCACCUAUGAGACGACUAUUGAUGCGGUCCGGAGUGAUAUAUAUGAGAAUACCGUUAUGAACAUCUCAAGUGACGGCACUGAAGACAAGGUCACAGUCAUGUGACCUGAUCUACACGUCUCUGACCACCUCUCAUUAGUCAUGUGACCUGAUCUACACGUCUCUGACUCCCUCUCAUUAGUCAUGUGACCUGAUCGACAUGUCUCUGACUACCUCUCAUUAGUCAUGUGACCUGAUCUACAUGUCUCUGACUCCCUCUCAUUAGUCAUGUGACCUGAUCGACAUGUCUCUGACUACCUCUCAUUAGUCAUGUGACCUGAUCUACACGUCUCUGACUCCCUCUCAUUAGUCAUGUGACCUGAUCGACAUGUCUCUGACUCCCUCUCAUUAGUCAUGUGACCUGAUCGACACGUCUCUGACUCCCUCUCAUUAGUCAUGUGACCUGAUCUACACGUCUCUGACUCCCUCUCAUUAGUCAUGUGACCUGAUCUACACGUCUCUGACUCCCUCUCAUUAGUCAUGUGACCUGAUCGACAUGUCUCUGACUACCUCUCAUUAGUCAUGUGACCUGAUCUACAUGUCUCUGACUCCCUCUCAUUAGUCAUGUGACCUGAUCGACAUGUCUCUGACUACCUCUCAUUAGUCAUGUGACCUGAUCUACACGUCUCUGACUCCCUCUCAUUAGUCAUGUGACCUGAUCGACAUGUCUCUGACCACCUCUCAUUAGUCAUUUAUUUCAUCUCACUGGCAUUCUAAAAAUUCAAGUUUCACUUCUCAUAUGUUAUGAAAGAAUAUCAAGUAGUAGUAGUACAUUGUAGUAGUAGAAUCAUUGUAGUCCACAUUUUCUUUCAAUAUUGAAGUCUUAUUUGUUUUCCUGUUUGACUGCUGCAGGGUGCUACACACAAGUGGAGUAUCAGAAAGGCAUGUGAUGAGCAUCACUGUUUCAAUUCAUUCAUGCAGGUGGACAUCCAAUCAUGUCUUCUUAAGCAAUCAUAAAUAAACAUGGAAAUUCCAGCCUCUGCCUUGUACAGUGUCAUACAGUAUAUGUUGUAUAUAGUGCACACAUAAUGCUAUUGUAUAGGAUGAACGACAACGUCGAAAUUGAGUCAAUAAAUUAGUAAAUUCAAUAUACAAAAUAAAUCUUCAGAUGAUAUAAGGGUCACAAUUAUUAGUGUAAGUAACAUUUCACAAGUUUGGACAGCAAUUAUCAUUAUACUAUAGUCAUCCCAGGUCUAAUUCUGUAUAAACCAAGACUUCUGACUUUCAGCGAUUAGACAUUAAUUGAGUUGUCGUGUGCGUGCCAAAUUGUCUCGUUAUAAACUUUUGAAGGACUUGCAAGAACUUGACUGGCUGUACAUUGAACUCCAGUUUGUGGUAUGACACAGAUUGCAUUAAAAAGCUUUUCGCUGUCUC